AUGAAAAAACAGCUAUUUGUUUGUCAACAUGAAAAGAAUUGCCCAGUAGACAGAAGUAUCCGAUGUGCAUGUCGUUACUGUAGAUUUGAGAAGUGUAUUCAAGUUGGAAUGGAUCGAUCUGCACUUCAAGCAUCAAGAGAUCGUAUUGGAUACACUAAAAGAACAAAAAGACCGAAAGUGAAAGAAGUCUCGUUCAGUAGUUCCAGUUCAAUGUCUCCUCAGAGUUAUAUUGUUGAAUCUCCUGGAUACGCUCAGAAGGCGUUCGAAACUUAUUGGAGUUACGUGGCAAGUAGAGAGAAAGCGUCAAAUGAACUCCGAUUAUCUGAUUACUCACCAAAAAGAAGUUUGAAAGAAGCACUUUGUUCGAAGAGUUUGCUCAAUGAUCCCAUCUUUCUGAGCAAUCACACAGCUGUGAGUCCUCGUCAUACAUACACUGAGCUUCGAUUUAUUAAACAAAGUGACUAUCAUUAUUGGCAUGAAAGAGACUGGUUUGUGCUGACGGAAUAUGCAAAAACGUUCAAAGUUUUCACAGAUUUGUGCUACGAAGACAAGGCUGAACUUGUUCGACAUGCAGCCAUCACCAUUCCAGCACUAAAUCAAGUUUAUAAUUCGCCGGACCAUGGACCUGAUACUGUAGUAUUUCCAGAUGGAACAUAUUACGAUAGAACUCAUGAACCUACAAGGCCUGCUGGUCUAAACCGAAAGAAAUAUCAAGUAUUGGAUCUAGUGUUGAAACCAUUCAGGGAUAUUAAGAUCAAUUUCAAUGAGUUUGCUGCAUUCAAAGCUAUUACUUUCUUGAAUCCAGACGCAGACGUCUCAUUAACUGCAAAACUAGCAAUCAAUGAAGAACGAGUGGCUGUUACAAAACAACUUUAUGACUUCAUGGUCAGAAAUGAUGGUGUUGAGAAGGCAAUCCGACGAUUCAGCAGACUCAUUCUCAUUGGAACGUCGAUGUCGAAAAUGGCAUGUGAAUCUAAAGAAGCUGUAUGGAUUGCUGAUUUCUUCGAAAACAUUGGAUACACCAGUUUUGCAAAGGAAUUAUUUUUUGGAGAGCAUAAUUCUGAGUCAGAAUUGUAA